CGCUGCCAUUGAACCUGCCCCCACCCGAAUUUGUCCUUAUUCGAAGAUCCUUCUGAAGCCAAUUGAUUGCUUCGAACGAAAAUGAGUGCUUUUGGAGGUCCUGGUGGCGGACAGAAGAUCCAAAAGCCAACGCCUCCUGAACGCGGCUCCUUUCCCCUCGAUCAUGACGGCGAAUGCAAGUCCAUUAUGGCGUCGUAUCUCAAGUGUAUACGAUCCCAUCGCGGCACCAAUGAUAAUGAAUGUCGCAUGCUGUCUAAAACCUAUCUACAGUGCCGGAUGGAGCGGAACCUCAUGGCCCCUGACUCAUUCAAGAACCUAGGAUUUGGCGAUGACAGCGACAAUCAAAGUCUUGCAACUACAGCUUCAACCUCUACAACCUCUCCUGCGAUUUCAGCGACCCCCAACGCUGCGACUGGAACCCCAUCGCGACAGCAACUGCAGCAAACCCAAGACGAGCGUCGCACAUCCUAGAUAAGCCGUGUCGUUGGAAUGGAGAGUCGUGGUCUUAGUCCUGGUAG